CGAAAGGAGGGGAAAGGAGCUGGAGAAAGAAGGGAGGCUGCAGCCCUGAGCCCCAGCUUCAGGUGAGCCACCCUCACGCCUCUCCUCCUCCUCCUGCUACCCCACCCCCUUCAGAUGCCUCCCUGGCCUCCCUCCUUUUUCUCUCCCACACUGUAUCACCCCGGCUUCCUCUCCGCUGUUUCUCAUUCUCUCUCUGACUUCCCGCGUCCUUUUCUCAUUUGUCCAUUUCUCACUCCCUUCCUGGUUCUGUUCCUUGUCCCUUCCUCUUGCCCGUGUCUGUUUCUCACUGUCUCUGUCUCUUCUUUGCCCAUCCUAAUCCUCACUGUUCUCCCCUCUGCUUUUGUCAUUCCUGUGCCUUUUUGUGCUCUCUCUUCUCCACUUCGUCUCUCUCAGUUUCUGUGUCUGCCUCUCACACAACCACACUCCUGUUCUCUAAUUCACUGUCUGUAUUUCACCAUGACUUGUCUCCCCCACCCCUGUUUUUCUCACUGUUUCUUUUUCUCCCCUUUGGAGUCUCCCUUAUCCUCCCCUGCCCCAUCUACCUUUCCCCAUUUUUUCUCUCCUCAUGCAUCCACCCCUUUCCUCCCCAGGAAUAGCCAGGUCUGGCUGGGCUGGCACAACCUGUUUGAGCCUGAAGACACAGGCCAGAGGGUCCCUGUCAGCCACAGCUUCCCACACCCGCUCUACAAUAUGAGCCUUCUGAAGCGUCGAAGCCUUAGACCGGAUGAAGACUCCAGCCACGACCUCAUGCUGCUCCGCCUGUCGGAGCCUGCCAAGAUCACAGACGCUGUGAAGGUCCUGGGCCUGCCCACCCAGGAGCCAGCACCUGGGACCACCUGCUAUGCCUCAGGCUGGGGCAGCAUCCAACCAAAGGAGUUCCUGCGCCCAAAGAGUCUUCAGUGUGUGAGCCUCCAUCUCCUGUCCAACGACAUGUGUGCUGGAGCUUACUCUGAGAAGGUGACAGCGUUCAUGUUGUGUGCUGGGCUCUGGACAGGUGGUAAAGACACUUGUGGGGGUGAUUCUGGGGGUCCACUUGUCUGUAAUGGUGUGCUUCAGGGUAUCACGUCCUGGGGCCCUGAGUCUUGUGCCCUGCCUGAAAAGCCUGCUGUGUAUACCAAGGUGGUGCAUUACCGGAAGUGGAUCAAGGACACGAUCGCAGCCAACCCCUGAGUGCCCCCCGUCCCACUCCUACCUCUAGUAGAUUUAAAUCCACCUCACGUUCUGGCAUUACUUGGCCUUUCUGGAUGCUGGACACCUGAAGCUUGGAACUCACCUGGCCAAAGCUUGAGCCUCCUGAGUCCUACUGACCUGUGCUCUCUGGUGUGGAUUCCAGGGCCGCUAGGAAAAGGAAUGGGCAGACACAGGUGUAUGCCAGUGUUUCUGAAAUUCGUGUAAUUUCAUCCUCUCCUUCGGA